AUGGCUUUGGAAGCUGGUUCAAAUCCGAUAGAAACAAUUAAACACCCUGGGGAAUUCGACACAAUGUUGAAAACAGUUUUAUAUCCUAAAGAUUUCUAUUCAGUCUCAGGUUGGAUACCCGAUGUUGGCGAUGGAAGUGUUUUAAAAGAACCGAUAAGAAAUCUUGCAAAUGAUGCUGAUUUAGCAGUAAUAACUCCAUCAAUUGAAGUAGAAACGAGAAUAUUCAACUCAUUAACUAAAGAUAUUAAGAUAGCUUUUCUUCAUCGUAAUACGGUAGGUAGCAUGACUUUAACUGGAGAAUCCACCACGUGGCCAAUCACUAACACUAUUAAACCAGCAAGAUAUUUAAUGGUUGGUUUCAGGAACUUACCAGACUCUCAGACGAAUAACAAUAAUGUCUUCAGAGUGGCAAUGAACCAAACUCAAGAUCCUAUAAUGCAUAAAGUUCAAGUAAGAUUAAACAACGAUAAUUAUCCUAACCAACCUUUAACAAUUAAUCCAACUACAAAGGAUUAUAAUGAAUUGUAUAGAAACUAUAAAAACAUGUGUGAAUUAUUUAGUAAUCCACCUCAGUUUGAAUAUGUAGAUUUUGCACUUAAUCAACCAAUCUGCUGUUUUGAUCUAUCAGCUCAUCAAGAAGAUCUUUUCAAAACAGGAGUGAACAUAAAUAUUCAUAUUAAAAAACACAAGGAGAGAGAUGAUAUAGACUUAGAAAGAAUUGACACAAAUGUAAAAAAAAGGUGGAUUUAUAUCUUCCCACCUUUGGUUUUUGAUGGUCUUACCGCGGCGGGUGCAAUAGCUGGAAGUGCAGUUGCUUUAGUAAGUACUGCCAACGAAAAGAAAGCAGCUGAUGCUACAGCCGCCGAAGAACGCAGACAUAAUUUAGUAAUGGAAAAGGAAGCACAGAAAUUACCUUUUGCAAAAAAAAGGUUCAGGAGUGGGAGAUAUGAUAGGCACAAUAAAAGAAUUUGGAAAAAGAUUUGGGGAAGAAACCAAGAAAACUGUUAA